AUGGUCUUUGAUGAUGCCUCCUCACCAAGUCCUGGAGGAAAUGGUUCGAAAGAUGUCUCUAGAGACAUUGAAGACUUGCUAUCACAAGCCCUUCAAUGGAAUCUUGGGCAGUAUUGCACAAAUGUGUUGGUGGCUGUGUUGGCCUUAGUGGAGGAAGCAAGUUGGGAUAUCUUAGCCCAAUGCCUUAGACUCACAGGAUCACUUCUUCGACUUGCCAAUGUUUCACUUCAUCCAAGUGUGUGGAGUGAUCCUUCACAGACUGGUUUAGAAACACAAGAGAAUAUCCAUACGUCUUUCGCCUUGAUCAGUCAUUGCAUUUCAGAAAAAUCAAAUGAGGUCCCUCGCAUCAAGUACUUGUAUAGUGUACUCCUGGGAUCCCAUCUUCUCAGGAUAAGCAUUCCAACAGAGAAUCCCCAGACAGUCCUACCAAGAACAUUGCUGGAAGUGGGUCAGACUGUCCUUUUGGAUUCUUUCUUGGAGUUUCAAAUCCCCCAGACACUACAGAAAUGGAGUGAAUGCCUCCAGGGACAGAGCUUCAUGGAUGAAAUUGCCUCCAUUCCUAAGAGCAUGGAGACUACCACCAGGAUCCUCAGAUCCUUGAAUCGAUCUUCAAGUGUUCAGUCUAUUCAGGAGGCAUUGCCAUGUCUUAUAGUUCAUCGAAGCCCAGCCUUCUUACAUCACGCUAUAACAGUGUUACAUUCCACUGCAGAAAGUGACAGAUCUAUUGCACGUAGUUGUUUGUUGCAACUAUUAUCUCAUGAGGAUGCUGAGAUCAAGUCUAUGGUGUAUGCAGAGGUCACUGCUUUAGUUGAUCAGAUUUUGACUGUAAAGUCAUCAUUGUCUGUAUCCAAGUCCACUCAGAAAUUGAGAAUUCUCUUUCAUAGUGAUAUUUGGGAAGAAUUGCUCAUGUUUGGUCUCACCUCACAGGAUGAACAAGUGCAGAAGGCAAGUGAAAAUAUCGUUGGAAAGUUGUUGAACAGUUGUAAACAACUUCCUGGAGAGAUUUGGGAGGAACUGGUUGCAUCAUUGGAGCCAGUUUUAUCUCUUCUACAAUCUCAUGCUGAUCCUUUCACCCAUGUUGGUCGACUCGCUUUGAAUCUUCUCCUCUUACCACCAGAGAACUUAUCUAAGUUUCAAAGAGAGAACUGGGAUGGAGUUUGCAAGGUUCUCAGAAGCUCAGAGAUAGAGUUGAGGCACAAGCUCCCAUCUUUGACUCAACUUGCCCUUCUUUUGCAUGACCCCCAGAAUCAAGAAAAGUUUUUACAUGACCCAGGGCUUGAUUGGCUUUUGAAGACUUUCCUCAAUUCUUUAAAUGACCACCAGUGCCUGGAUGUCCUUCCUCCCUGUUUGACUAUCUUGAGACAUUUGUGCCUGAGAAAUUCCUCAGUUCGCAGUGAUUUGAGCCAGAAUCAUGAACUUCAUUCUCUCUUAUUCAAAGGUAGUUUGGUAUUUGUGAACCAGGGGAUGGUCUGCCAUGAAGCUGCAAACUUGUUCUUCCUUCUCCUGUUUCAUGAAGUGAUCCAGACCCCUCAAGUUGGAGUAAUAUCUGUUCCCUCUCUUGUGGCCAGCCAUUACAAGCUUCCUCUUCAAGUUAAAGUUCAUGCAGAGAAAAGUGUCCAUGCACAGCAUCAACCAAUUCUAGGAUCGCUUGAUUCACAUCCACUAAAGGACCACAUCCAACAGUAUCUGAGAACCCACUGGACAGCUGCAUUGCAUGGUGGUUUCCAUACUUUGGAAAAAAUGGCUGAAAUUCCAUCCUAUUCACGCAGUGAUUUUAGCCCUUGGCUGCUUAUGGAUGCAAAUGAUUUGAAUCAAUUGAGAGGUGCAUCCUUGUGUGCACUCAUGGAGAAGGGCAUGCUUGAUGUUGAAAAUGCAACAUCCCAUAGUGUAGUGUUGAAGGCCAUUCAUUGGUUGAGUUGCACAUUCCAUCUGUGGAAGAUGGCAGAGGAGAAUUCUUCAGUCUCUAACCUGAUAUCCUUAUCUCAAGUGAAAAGGAGCAUAACCCGAUAUCUUUCUACAACUCCCAGUUCAGUGGAAGACAAGCGUCUAUUUGAUGCUAUCUGCAGUUUCCUCUGUAUCAUCUUGACCUCUUUGAAGGAUGAGAAGAAAAACUUAUCCACUUGGCUAAGUUCUCAGGUACACUCCACAUCCCAAGAACUCUUAUUUGAAUGGGGUGAUCCAUCACAUGAUGAAGAAAAACUACCCAAUCUAAUGCUGUUAUACAGUAGCAUUUCAAAUCUCUUACCUGAGGAGGAUGCUGUUAGUUUUUCAGCAUCCCUUAUUCCACCCAUUCUUCACACUCUUCAUGUUCAGAAUGCUCCUGACUUCUAUAGUCUGUCAUGGUUGAAGGCCAGCCUAGGAUGCUUGGUGGAGCUGAGUCGAAAAAAAGGCUGGAGUUCUGCUAUAGAGAAGAGGAAAAAUGUGUGCACUCAGUUCCUGGCUUUGCUUCUGGAAGUUUUGGCAGCCUUUCACUUGGGACGUGGGAGUGGGAAUUCAUUCAUGGGGAGAGGAAUCACCCUGGAUGCAUGCAUAUGUCUCAAUCACAUUGGAUAUGAAUUCCUUGCAAACUUCCAGGAUGAGAAUUGGUUGGAGCUGUGGCUUUACAAAGGAGAACUGGGAAGUGGACCAGGUCACAGUCUCACCGAGAUGAAUAGUCUAACGUGGCUUGUGCCAUUGUUUACAUAUCGGGAUCCAGAAGUAAGGACUGCUGGUCUCACAAUUGCUCUUAUCUUAAGUAUGAAGCUUAGAGGUCGUGAGCUCCUCACACGACAUCUUCAUCAAGUUGCUGGUGGAAUUUGGGGUGCUGCAUUCAGUUUUGUGUUGGAUCAUUAUGAAGCAUGCAUGGUGAGGGAGAAGGCACUAUGGCUUGUGGUAAAUCUUCUUGGAGAUUCUUCCUUUGGGCCCUCUAUGGGACCAUCAUUGCGUGAUCCUGACUCUCAGGUGCAAUUGAAUGGUGUAGAUGCCUUACAAGUCCUUCUGCACCACAGUGGGUUUUUUUCCAAGAUGAACUCAGCUGUGCAGAAUUUCUAUCCCUUCUCAGAAUGCUGGCUGGAUGCACACAACAAGAAGUUUGGAGAUUCAAUAGAAGGUUUACAAAAUGGAGAAGAAAUCAUUGUGACACCAUCCUUUCUCUCAGCCCUUUGCCACUGUCUGAAAAAUCUUCUCUUGCUUCUCCCAGGGGAGAAUCACUCAAUGAUUGUCCAGACUGGUCUCCCGCUCUCUUUAGCAAGGUGCUUAGAUUGGGAAGUGAUGGAGCCCAAAGGGAAGAAGGUUGAUGAAAGAGCUAUCACAAAACUUUAUGGUGAUAUUCUGGAAUUGUUGGCCUUCGUGCUAAAGCUCCCAGCAGCAUCUUCCCUCCCUGUUCAGCUCCUCAGGGAAUCAAUUUUUUUGCACUGCACCUUGUUCUGCUUAAAAGUUGAAAAAGAAGAGGCAGUCCACUUAUGGAGCCAAGUGAUGGUAUUUCUUCAAGCACUUCUGGGAGGAGUGGCAGAUGCAGCUAACAUCCUAAUUCCAAUGAUGAGUCGGAAUGUGCAAAUUUUAAGAGACACCCUACCAAAAGCUCUCAGCAGGGAAAGCCCACAGGAUCUCCAGAAUGCUGCUCUUGAAUUUGUCACCAGCUUCUGCAUAAGUGGUCACAAGCACAAGAAUUUUGCAGGCAUCAUGGAUAAAGAAGGAGGCAAAGAUGAUAUCUUUGGGACUCAAGCUUUGGGAUUCCUUUUGGCUGAGCAAAUAAGUGGACUUUGGAGACUUCACGAAGCUCAGGGUUUGCGAGUGGAUGCCAUUCACAGAGCUUUGGGAGCACUACUCACUGUCUCUUCAACUGCCAAAUUUCAGGCUCUUAAUUCUGACUUCCUGGCCACCAUCAGUCAGACACUUCUUGAUCUGGAACUGGAACUACCUACCAUACAAAUCAGUCGCAGGCUAUUGAAUGCCUUGAUAGUUGGAAGCACAGAAGCAAAAGUAGCUGUGAUAUCAUCAGCAAUAUUUCCAAAACUCUGCCUGCGACUUUUCCCUGUGGCCUUGUCAAGUGAAGCUCUCCUGGGUACAUACCUGUGCUUUUUGGCAAGUAUGACAUCAGUGGCACAAGGCAGAUUUCCCAAUGGUACAGGAGGGAUAUGGGGACGACUGGCUUCUAUAAUUGCUCAUCAAGCUGAACUCAAGCUCCAAAGGAAGUUUUCAAAGCAAGCAGAGCUGCUUUUCCAAGUGUUAGCACACAUAGUGCAGAUUCCAGAGGGCAGACAUGGUCUUCUGCAGGUACUUUGA